AUGCCGUCGUCCAGUGCACCCAAAACCUUGUACGACAAAGUUUUCGAGGACCACGUCGUCCACAAAGACGAGUCGGGCUCCUACCUUAUCUACAUCGACCGUCACUUGGUCCAUGAAGUCACCUCACCACAAGCUUUCGAGGGAUUGAAAAAUGCCGGCAGAAAGGUCAGAAGAGGCGAUUGCACCUUGGCCACCGUGGACCACAACAUCCCCACCAUUUCGCGUGCCAACUUCAAAUCGGUCGACACCUUUGUGGACCAAGAAGACUCCAAGUUGCAAGUCAUGACCUUGGAGCAAAACGUCAAGGACUUCGACAUCACAUACUUCGGCAUGACCGACGACAGACAAGGUAUUGUCCAUGUCAUUGGUCCAGAGCAGGGUUUCACUCUUCCCGGUACCACUGUCGUCUGUGGUGACUCUCAUACCUCUACCCAUGGUGCUUUCGGAUCUCUUGCAUUCGGUAUUGGUACCUCUGAGGUGGAGCACGUUUUGGCCACCCAGACCAUCAUUCAGACCAAGUCCAAGAACAUGCGUAUUUCUGUCAACGGCGACUUGGCCCCAGGCAUCACCUCCAAGGACUUGGUGUUGCAUGUCAUUGGUGUCAUCGGUACUGCCGGUGGUACUGGAUGCGUCAUUGAGUUUGCCGGCUCUGCCAUUGAGUCUUUGUCUAUGGAGGCUCGUAUGUCCAUCUGUAACAUGGCCAUUGAGGCUGGUGCUCGUGCCGGUAUGAUCCGUCCUGACGAGAUCACUUUCAACUACCUUAAGGGUAGACCUUUGGCACCUAAGGAUGCUGAGUGGGAGAAGGCCGUCAAGUACUGGUCUACUUUGUACUCUGAUGAGGGCGCUCACUUCGACUACGAUAUCCAAAUCAAGGCACAGGACAUUGUUCCUACCAUCACAUGGGGUAACUCUCCUCAAGAUGCUUUGCCAAUCACUGCCUCUGUUCCUGACCCUGCUACCGUGGACGACCCAAUCAAGAAGGCUGGUAUGGAGCGUGCUCUUGAAUACCAGGGUUUGAUUCCAAACACUCCUCUUCAACAAAUCAACAUUGACAAGGCUUUCAUCGGUUCUUGUACUAACUCUCGUAUUGAGGACUUGAGAGCCGCUGCUAAGGUUGCCAAGGGCCACAAGAAGGCCGACAACGUUAAGUUGGUUUUGGUCGUUCCUGGAUCUGGUCUUGUUAAGAAACAAGCCGAGAAGGAGGGCUUGGACAAGAUCUUCGAGGCCGCCGGCUUCUCUUGGAGAGAGGCUGGUUGUUCCAUGUGCUUGGGUAUGAACCCUGAUAUCUUGGACCCAGAGGAGAGAUGUGCCUCUACUUCCAACAGAAACUUCGAGGGCCGUCAAGGUGCCAAGUCUCGUACUCACUUGAUGUCUCCAGCCAUGGCUGCCGCUGCCGCUAUCAAGGGUCACUUCACUGACAUUAGACAAUGGCAAUACAACACCAGCGAUGAGCCAACCGUUCAAAUCAGUUCUGGUGAAGACCAAGAAUUGCAAGAUGCCGUCUACGAGCACGAGAAGCAACCUUUGGAGUCCUCCGAGCUGCUUGUUCAAGACCGUAUUAACGACAUUCCAAAGCAGAGCUCCUCUGCUCCUGCCCCUAGCGUGGGUGGAGGUGACAAAUUCACAGUGGUCACUGGUAUUACUGCUCCUUUGGACAAAGCCAAUGUCGACACCGAUGCUAUCAUUCCAAAGCAAUUCUUGAAGACCAUCAAGAGAACUGGUUUGAAGAACGGUUUGUUCUAUGAGUUGAGAUUCGUGAAGGAUGCUUCCGGAAAGGACGUCGAGACCGACUUCUGCUUGAAUGUCGAGCCAUACAGAGCAGCCGAGAUCUUGUUGAUCACUGGUGACAACUUCGGUUGUGGUUCCUCCCGUGAGCACGCUCCAUGGGCUUUGAAGGAUUUCGGUAUCAAGUGUAUGAUUGCACCAUCUUUCGGUGACAUUUUCUACAACAACUCGUUCAAGAACUUCUUGUUGCCAAUCAGACUUCCUCAAGAGGUCAUUUUGUCGAAAUUGUACCCAGUGGCUUCUGCAGGCAAGAAGCUCACUAUCGAUUUGGCCAACCAACAAAUCAGAAACGGCGAGACCGAUGAGGUCUUGGUCGAGCACUUCGAUGUUGAGCCAUUCAGAAAGCACUGUUUGUUGAAUGGUUUGGACGACAUUGGAUUGACUUUGCAAAAGGAAGAGUACAUUCAAGCCUACGAAACCAAAAGACGUGAUGUUUUCUCUUUCUUGGAAGGAGGCUCGAAGUUGAUCAAGCCUGUUACUGGCGCAAAGAAGUCCAAGUUUGGUCUUAAGACCCAAGAAUGGUAA